AUGCCGUCCUUCAGUAACCGGAUCUCUGAGGGCGUCAAUGGCAGACUCGCCUUUGCGUCUACCAUCAUGAUGCUGUCUCAGAUCAAUUUCGGAAUGGAUUUGGUUGCUUUCUCAAACACCCAGGCGAUGUCGGCCUUCAAUAAAAAGUUCGGCUCUUAUAACGAGAAACUGGAACGAUAUGCGGUGGAACCGUACUUCCUCUCGCUUCUCAACAGCCUCACGUACGUCGGUCAAGUCUUUGGCGUUGUAACAGGCGGUUUGAUUGCUCGCCAUUAUGGACGACGCGCUUCUUUUUGGGUCAUGUGUGUGUGGGCUGUUGUGUCUGCCAUUCUGCUUGUUACAGCCCAACAGAAAGAACAGGUCUUGGUCGGUCGCAUUGUCAACUAUAUCUAUCUUGGUCAAGAGCUUGUUACGGUGCCUGUAUAUCAGGCGGAAAUUGCUCCUCCUAAGAUCCGAGGAAUGGUUAUCGGCACCUUCCAGCUAGGCACAAUGGUAGGCGCUUUCAUAAUGGCGUGUAUCACCUAUGGGACAAGUAAGAUAGACACCGAGGCAUCGUUUCGGAUUCCUUUUGGCGUCUUCUUUGUCAUCCCCAUCGUUGUUUCCGUUGGCGCCCUGUUUAUGCGCGAGUCGCCGCGCUGGCUUUUGAUCCGAGAGCGACCCCAGGAAGCCUUAGAAUCACUUCAAUUGUAUCGAAAAGGCAAAUUCACCGAAGAAGAGAUCAUGGAAGAGUACCGUGAUCAGGUGGGCAUGAUCCACGCCAUCACUCACGACAAGGGUACCUUCAAGGAGAUGUGGCAGGGAACCAACCUCAGGCGAUCGAUUAUUGUUAUUGGUGCCAACAUCAGCAUUCAAAUCAGUGGUCAAGGGCUCUUCAGCAAAUAUGGCACUAUCUUCCUUGGGGACCUGCACGGCCCUAACCCUUUCCAAAUGUUUCUUAUCAAUACCUCAUUGCAAAUUGUGGUCGUGCUUUGCGCUAUGUAUCUGUUCGACAAAAUCGGUCGCAAGCCACUUUUGAUUAUUGGGUCUAUCAUACAAAGCGCUACCUAUUUUGUCAUUGGCGGCCUGGGCACCAUAUCCGACCCAGGCCAAGGGGCCAAGAUUGGAAUCACCGCUAUGUUCACUGUCUAUUUCCUGGGUUUCGUUUUCGGCUGGGGACCUAUUUACCAUAUUCUCUCCUCCGAGAUACCUAGCUCACGCAUGCGAGACGUGACAUACACUGUAGCAAGCUUCGUCACUGUUGUCACACAGUUUGUUGUCUCAUUCUGCAUCCCAUACCUCCUAUAUGCGCCAUACGCCGAUCUCGGGGCCCAGAUCGGUUUUAUUUUUGCGCCGAUUGCCCUUCUGACCCUCAUCUUCGCUGUCUUUGGCGUCCCGGAGUGCCGUACCUUCUCCCUGGAAGAAAUUGACCACCUAUUCCGACAGAAGGUGCCUAUCCGUCAUUUCACCAGGUAUCAGCACGGCCAAAUCCUCCCAGAGGAAGUCAGUAAGGGAGGUGCCGAGAAGCUUAGAGAAGGUCCAUCUGUUGAACUGAGGGAAGUUGCGGAUAUGUAA